AUGAAUAACAGUGUCGCUGAAUUCAUAACAACCGAGGAUGAGAAUUCCGCCAUCAUUUCAGCCCUCACCCAUGUCAUAAGCGGCCAUACUUACGUAGGGCCAGGUGCUGUUGUAAUCACAGAGAGUCUUCCGCAACAAAACAUGUGUGGCCAUUGUGGAAUGAGAAUUCCAGAGGAGUGUUUGGGGUGUGAUUUAUACACCUCGGGUGGUGGAGAAGAGAGGACGACGAAGAAGAAGAGAUAUAGAGGAGUUAGUUUACGAACGUCUGGAAAGUGGGCGGCAGAGAUUAUGGUUCCUGGGAAAGUACGGAAGUGGCUGGGGACUUUCAGGACGGAGGAAGAGGCCGCAAGAGCUUACGACUUGGCCAACAUUCGCUAUAGAGGGAAGAACGCCAAGACCAAUUUUCCGGUGGAGGAGUACCAGGAGAUGCUGAAGAAAUAA